UGUCAUGCCCAUCCUCCAUCAUCUCUGCCUCUUUACCAUUUUCUGCUCUGUACUCAGGCGCCAGCACCGUUGUGGGCCCACCUCCGUCCGCUCUCCUCUCCUACGCCGGCCCACCUCGUCUCCUCUAUGUGGGCCACACAUCACAACCCCCAUCAAACCAUCUAGGGCUCACUUCUCCCUCCCUCUCUCUCUCUCUCUCUCUCUCUCUCUCUCUUCAGAGCAGCAGCCAUGGAUUCCAAGCCAUGGCUGAUCCCGGCCCCAACGUACCGCCCACUCGAGUCGAGCUGGGACACUGAUGACGACGCUCCGGGCCCGCGCUGCAGCCACUCUCUUACAGCUGUCGCCGCCACGAAAGCUCAUGGUCCCCGCCUCAUCCUCUUUGGAGGCGCCACCGCCAUCGAAGGCGGCUCCUCGACCGCCCCCGGCAUCAGGCUGGCGGGUGUUACGAACUCUGUUCAUUCCUACGAUGUGCUCACGGGGAAAUGGACCAGGAUGCAACCGGCUGGAGAGCCACCUUCACCUAGGGCUGCGCAUGCUGCUGCAGCCGUCGGAACGAUGGUUGUUUUCCAGGGUGGCAUCGGUCCAGCGGGGCAUUCCACAGAUGACCUUUAUGUGCUCGACCUGACGAAUGAUAAAUUUAAGUGGCACAGAGUGGUAGUUCAAGGGGCUGGUCCCGGACCUCGGCAUGGACAUGCCAUGGACUUGGUUGCUCAACGCUAUCUAGUUACAGUCAGUGGCAAUGAUGGCAAGAGAGUAUUGUCUGACGCUUGGGCUCUGGAUACUGCACAAAAACCAUACAGAUGGCAGAAACUUAGUCCAGGAGGCGACAAACCGUCAGCUAGAAUGUAUGCAACAGCUAGUUCACGCUCAGAUGGCAUGCUCUUGCUUUGUGGUGGAAGAGACAUUUCGGGCACACCACUCUCAGAUGCUUAUGGACUACUCAAGCAUAGGGAUGGUUCAUGGGAGUGGACUCUUGCUCCUGGGGUGUCUCCUUCCCCAAGGUAUGAGCAUGCAGCGGUUUUUGUUGGUGCUCGGUUGCAUGUCACGGGAGGUGCUCUUAAGGGAGGACGGGCAGUCGAAGGUGAAGCUGCUAUUGCAGUUCUGGACACUGCAAAUGGCGUAUGGUUAGACAGAAAUGGGUUAGUUACUUCCCACUCUCGUAUGAGCAAGUCGUCAGUUGAGUUUGAUGCUUCGUUGGAGCUCAUGCGUCGUUGCCGCCAUGCUUCUGCUUCUGUUGGAGUUCGAAUAUAUACCUAUGGUGGUCUCCGAGGAGAUGUGCUGCUUGAUGAUCUUCUAAUCGCAGAAAAUUCACCUCUUCAGUCUGAAGUUAAUUCUCCCAUCUUCAGUUCCGAUAGAACUCCAACUAUGGCAAGUUCCAAGCUUAACCAGUCAAAUGCAAAGACCGAGUCAGCAUUUGUGCCACCAACUUCAGCUGUCAGAUCAGAGAGUGUCUGCUCUAACUUGAGCAUGGAUAAGAAAUCUAUGGAGAAACUGGCUGAGGCUUCAGCAGCUGAAGCUGAGGCAGUUAGUGCUGUCUGGCAAGCUGCAAAGUUAGCUUCUGCAGGCCCUGCAGAAGAGGAGCUUCCAGAUGCGAAAGCAUCUGGAACUCGCAUAAACGAUAAGAUGCAGAUCUCAGAAACCUCCUCAGAUAGCAGCGACACUGAUACCCUUGAGGCAGAUGUCCGCCUCCACCCCAGAGCUGUGGUGGUUGCUAAAGAGGCUGCUGGUAGCUUGGGUGGGCUGGUGAGGCAACUUUCAUUGGAUCAGUUCGAGAAUGAAAGCAGACGAAUGGUUCCAUUGAAUUCUGAUCAGGCAUACCCUAACAAAAAGCUAUUCACUAGACAGAAGUCUCCUCAGGGCCUGCACAAGAAGAUUAUAUCUAUGUUGCUUAGGCCUCGCAACUGGAAAGCUCCAACGAAUAGAAGCUUCUUUAUGGACUCAUACGAAGUGGGUGAACUUUGUUAUGCCGCAGAGCAGAUAUUUAUGCAGGAACCCACGGUCUUGCAAUUGAAGGCUCCAAUUAAAGUAUUCGGUGAUCUGCAUGGUCAGUUUGGUGACCUGAUGCGCCUAUUUGAUGAAUAUGGAUUUCCUUCAACUGCUGGAGACAUAACGUAUAUUGACUACUUAUUUUUGGGUGAUUACGUUGAUCGAGGACAACAUAGCUUGGAAACAAUUACUUUGCUUCUAGCUCUCAAGAUUGAGUAUCCUGAGAAUAUCCAUUUGAUCAGGGGAAACCAUGAGGCAGCUGACAUAAAUGCGCUUUUUGGUUUUCGUCUUGAAUGCAUUGAGAGAAUGGGUGAGAAUGAUGGAAUAUGGGCAUGGACUCGGUUCAAUCAACUUUUCAACUACCUACCACUUGCGGCCCUCAUCGAGCAAAAAAUUAUUUGCAUGCAUGGUGGCAUUGGGAGGUCUAUAAACUCUGUUGAACAAAUAGAGAAACUUGAAAGGCCCAUAACGAUGGAUGCUGGUUCCAUUAUUCUAAUGGAUCUUCUAUGGUCAGACCCCACUGAGAACGAUAGUAUAGAGGGUUUGAGACCGAAUGCAAGGGGGCCUGGUCUCGUCAGUUUCGGUCCUGACCGUGUCACUGACUUCUGUAAGAAGAACAAGUUGCAGCUCAUUAUUAGAGCUCAUGAAUGUGUGAUGGAUGGUUUUGAACGCUUUGCUCAGGGGCAAUUGAUCACGCUAUUUUCAGCAACCAACUACUGUGGAACGGCCAACAAUGCUGGAGCGAUAUUGGUCGUUGGUAGGGGGUUGGUCGUGGUUCCAAAGCUAAUUCAUCCACUCCCACCUCCCCUUCAAUCACCGGAGUCAUCUCCCGAGCGUGUAAUAGAAGGCACAUGGAUGCAGGAGCUUAACAUUCAAAGACCGCCUACUCCAACAAGGGGUCGUCCACAGCCCGCUCAUGACCGGAGCUCACUUGCAUAUAUAUGAUUAGGAACCCAUAUGAUUGUUUUCAGUCAAUUGUUUGGAUCAGCACUGAACCAAGUUAUAUUUCCUGGGUCCGGCAUUAUCCUCGCCCAUUAGUAUCGAGCAGAAGAUCAGUUCUGAUUGGCGCUAUACAACGGUAAUCCACAGGGUCCAGCCAUUUCAAAAAUGCAGAAACAUCAUACGGAGUCAUUGGAAAAUAAGGCUAAUGUUGUAAGCUCGGGUUCAGAUGCAGCGGAGAAGCUCCAAGUUUAUGGUGGUAAUUGUCUGUCCUUCGAAGUGUUAUUGUAACAUUUUUGUAAAAUGAAAAACCCCAUUGGAAGGGUUGUUAGGUGAAUCUAUGUUUUUGUACUUGCCCAACAUGAGUAAAGUGAAAUUACUUUAGUUUCAGGGAUCCCUUGGGCGAACAAAGUUGUUUGUGAAUUGCUUUGUCAUGGAAGUUCAUCACUUAAGUCUGCUAGAAUCAUGUAUCAUUUUUCAGAGCUAUGAUUGAAUACAAAUUCUUCACAUGUUAUUACUA